CGAGGCAGCACGCGAAGUGGCCGUUACCGAGCAAUAAAACGUCGAAUUAACACACGACUUCCCAUUCCAGUUACCAAAGGUAGCGUACAUUAUCCUGCAGCAUGCCAAAACAAAGUAACAUGAGUGGACUGCAGUGCCUCGCCUCAGAGAAGAUCUGGUUUGACAAACACUGCUUCGAUGAGGCAGAGAAGCGCUUCUACGAGGGAGCCAAUGGACCCUCCACUCAGCAGCAACAGGUGAAAACGGUCCUGCAGCAGGCCAAAGGGCGGCAGCAGAAACGGCAGCACAGAAACUCAUCCUCACAUGCAGGAGGAGACCAGGAGCUGGUUUCACGAAUGAAGAGCCUGGAACUGGAGAACCAGACUUUGCACAAAGUGGUGGAGGAAAUGAGAGCAGCCCUGCAGAAGCUGGAGUCCAGAGUGGUGGUGCUGGAAAAGUCCCCUGCACCUGCAGCCGUCUCACAUGCACAGGCUGCUCCAGUCAAGGCUGCGCCCGUCAAACAGGUGGAAAAUGGUGAUGAUGAUGAUGACGACGACGAUGAUGUAGAUUUGUUUGGCAGUGAUGAGGAUGAUGAGGAGGCAGCCCGCAUCAAGCAGGAGCGUAUUGAUGCCUAUGCAGCCAAGAAGUCCAAGAAACCUGCCCUCAUUGCAAAGUCAUCAAUCCUGUUGGACGUCAAGCCUUGGGACGAUGAGACUGAUAUGGCGAAGCUGGAGGAGUGUGUGCGCUCGGUGCAGAUGGACGGGCUCCUGUGGGGAGCAGCCAAACUGCUGCCAGUUGGCUACGGCAUCAAGAAGCUGCAGAUCAACUGCGUGGUUGAAGAUGACAAAGUUGGCACAGACAUCCUGGAAGAGGAGAUCACAAAGUUUGAGGACUUUGUCCAGAGUGUAGAUGUUGCUGCCUUCAAUAAGAUCUAAGCUCCACCAGCUCGCUACCUGGUCAGCCAAAGUGUCGCUGCUACUCCCGGCUUUCACGGUUAUUAAAAUGCUAAGUUUUGAGCACAAA